GUCCUGGAGAAGCUGGCUUGGUUUUGAAUCUUGUGGCUGACUUCGGAGGGCCGGGACGCCAGCACUGAAGUGAAGUUGUGGUACUCUCUCCUUUUGGGCCGGGGAAAUAUCAAGCAUUCAUAUAACAAGAAAUCAAGUUGACCAACAAUGUCUGUUACUGAAGAAGACUUAUGUCACCAAAUGAAAGUAGUUGUUCGUGUACGCCCUGAAAACACAAGAGAAAAAGCAGUUGGAUGCCGUAAAGUGGUCCAUGUUGUGGAUAAACAUAUUCUAGUUUUUGAUCCCAAACAAGAAGAAGUCAGUUUUUUCCACAGAAAGAAAGUUACAAAUUUUGAUGUUACAAAAAGACAAAAUAAAGAUCUUAAAUUUGUAUUUGAUACUGUCUUUGAUGAAACUUCAACUCAGAUGGAAGUUUUUGAACAUACUACCAAGCCAAUUCUUCGUAGUUUUUUGAAUGGAUACAACUGCACAGUACUUGCAUAUGGUGCCACUGGAGCUGGGAAGACCCACACAAUGCUAGGAUCACCUGCUGAGCCUGGAGUAAUGUACUUAACAAUGUUAGACCUUUACAAAUCCAUGGAUGAGAUUAAAGAUGAGAAAGUAUGUAGUACUGCCGUUUCUUAUCUGGAGGUAUAUAAUGAACAAAUACGUGAUCUUUUAGUAAAUUCGGGACCACUUGAUGUCCGGGAAGAUUCCCAGAAAGGAGUAGUUGUUAAGGGUCUGACUUUACACCAGCCCAAAUCCUCAGAGGAAAUUUUACAGUUAUUGGAUAGUGGAAACAAGAACAGGACACAGCAUCCCACUGAUACGAAUGCUACAUCUUCUCGUUCUCAUGCUGUUUUCCAGAUUUAUUUGCGACAACAAGACAAAACGGCGAGCAUCAAUCAAAAUAUUCGUGUGGCUAAGAUGUCACUCAUUGACCUGGCAGGGUCUGAGCGUGCCAGUGCUACUAGUGCUAAAGGAAUUCGAUUUGUGGAAGGCACAAAUAUCAAUAGGUCACUUUUAGCUCUUGGGAAUGUCAUCAAUGCCUUAGCAGAUACAAAGAGGAAGAAUCAGCAUGUUCCUUAUAGAAAUAGUAAACUUACUCGCUUGUUAAAGGAUUCUCUUGGAGGAAACUGCCAAACUAUAAUGAUAGCUGCUGUUAGUCCUUCUUCUUUAUUCUAUGAUGACACAUAUAACACUCUUAAGUAUGCUAACCGAGCAAAGGAUAUUAAAUCUUCUUUGAAGAGCAAUGUUCUUAAUCUCAACAGUCAUAUAUCUCAAUAUGUAAAGAUCUGUAAUGAGCAGAAAGCAGAGAUUUUAAUGUUAAAAGAAAAACUAAAAUCCUAUGAAGAACAAAAAGUCUUCGCAGAUAAAAAUGACAAGUCAACAUUAAUGAUCCCAAGCAUGCAAGAAAAAGAAAUUGAAAGAUAUCAAGAAAUUCUGAACUGCUUGUUCCAGAAUCGAGAAGAAAUUCGACAAGAAUAUCUAAAAUUGGAAAUGUUGCUCAAAGAAAAUGAACUUAAGUCAUUCUAUCAACAACAGUGCCAUAAGCAGAUAGAAAUGAUGUGUUCUGAAGACAAAGUAGAAAAGGCUACUUGCAAACGAGAUCAUAGACUUGCAAUGUUAAAAACACGUCGCAGCUACCUAGAGAAAAAGAGGGAUGAAGAACUGAAGCAAUUUGAUGAAAAUACUAAUUGGCUCCAACAAGUGGAAAAUGAAAUGGUACUCUUGGGUCAAAAUGGUUGUAUUCCAAAGGAACUCAAUAAAGAGCUUCAUUAUCACCAUUUACAACUCCAGAACAAAGAUCUGAAAGCACAAAUUAGACAUAUGAGGGAUCUAGCUUCUCUUCAAGAACAGCAACAUAGACAGACGGAGGCAGUAUUGAAUGCGUUACUUCCAGCCCUAAGAAAACAGUAUUGCACACUGAAAGAAACUGGCCUUUCAAAUAAUUCUUUUGAAUCUGAUUUCAAAGAAAUUGAACAUUUAGUAGAGAGGAAAAAAGUGGUGAUUUGGGCUGACCAAAGUACCGAACAUCCAAAACAAAAUGAUAUACCAGGGAUUUCAGUUCUGAUGACCUUUCCACAACUUGGGACAGCUACCCCUUCUUGCACAUCUUUAAGUGAAUCUAAUCUGCUUAAAAGUCCUACACAAAAAAGAACUCGGAGAAAACUAAUAUCUUCUCCCUUAAAAACAAAACAUACUCAAAGAUCUAUGUUGUUUGAAAGUGCGCAGCUCAAUGAUUCUCUUAGCAAAGAACUUCAACCUAUUGUAUACACUCCAGAAGACUGUAGAAAACCAUUCCAAAAUCCAUCUCCAGGAGCCUCAAAAAGACCAGCAUCACAUACUACAAGUUUUCAGACUAUCAGCUCAAAUGUAAACAGUGACAGUUCUCUGAAAACGUUGGAUGAGGAUGAGGUCCCUCUUCCCAGAAGAACAAAACAUACACAGGAGAAUUUGAACGCUACAUUUACUGUAUGUGAAGACAGCAGGAGUUUGAAAAGUAAAUUAUCUGAAGAAGAAUCACUACCAAACAAAAGUACUUUACAAAGACAUGACCCUUCUUCAGUCUCAUCUAAGCAUUCUCUGCCUGUAUCAAGCAUAGUGCCAUCCUACAUGGCAAUGACUGCUGCUGCAAAGAGGAAACGGAAAUUAACAAGUUCUUCAUCAGAUAUGCCAUUAACUAUUGAAGAAAAUCAUGGAUUUGCCAAACGGAUUCGACAAGAUAAUUCAAGUGAUAAGCUCUUACAGGAAAACAGAGCAACAGUGGGGUAUAAACCUAUAAAUUCAAACAUGGAUAGAAAAUUUGGAAGAAAUAUUUCAAAAGGAAAUCUAAGAUAACUUAUUUCAAAAUCAAG